CUAUCAACUUUCCAUUUCCACACAUCUUAUCUAGUAGAACUAUAGUACUCUUUUCCUUUCUAAGUCAUGGCCACUACUAAUGAGUUGAAGCUUUUGGGGUGUUGGUUCAGUCCAUUUACAUGCAGGGUACAAAUUGCCCUUAACAUCAAAGGUUUGGACUAUGACAAUAUUGUAGAAAGCUAUUAUCCCAAAAGUGACUUGCUUCUUCAUUCCAAUCCUGUAUACAAGAAAAUCCCAGUUUUCAGUCAUGGAGAUAAAAUCAUUUGUGAAUCUCCAAUUAUAGUUGAGUAUAUUGAUGAAGUUUGGAAAGAUAAUGGUGCUCCCUCUAUCCUUCCUUCAAAUGCUUUUGAUAGAGCCAUGGCUAGAUUUUGGGUUGCCUACAUCGAUGACAAGUUUUUCAAUUCCAUGCGAAGUGGUUUAAUUGCUCAAGAUGAAGAAUCAAAGAAGAAACAUUUUGAGCAAGUAGAAGAAGUGUUUAUGAGGUUGGAAGAUGUGAUCAAUAAGCGCAAUAAUGAAGGAAUGGAGUUUUUUGGAGGAGAUAAAAUUGGAUUUAUUGAUAUUGGUUUUGGAUGCUUUAUAAGUUGGGUUUGGGCAACAGAGAAAAUAAAAGAAAUCAAGUUGCUUGAUGAAGGUAAGACUCCUGCUUUGGUUAAAUGGGUUGAAGCUUUUUCUGCUCAUCCUGCAGUAAAGGGAGUUAUACCAGAAACUAAUAAACUUGUGGAGUUUGUAAAGGAUUUUGUGCAAAGUUUGGUUGAUGCUUCCCCUAAGUAAUUGGGAAUGUGAGAUAAUUUUACUUUUCAAAAUUGUUAUCUAAAGUCCUUUAUGUUCCCUACCUUAAUCUCAAGUUAUUUAGGACUUGCAUGAUUGGCUUGUAUGUAAUAAUUGAAAUAAAUACAUCUUUAAAUAUAAAUAAAUUAAUAAUGUUUUCCAAAA